GAAUUUUUGACCAUUCUUCCAGAAGUGCAUUUGUGAGGUCACACACUGAUGUUGGACGAGAAGGCCUGGCUCUCAGUCUCCGCUCUAAUUCAUCCCAAAGGUGUUCUAUCGGGUUGAGGUCAGGACUCUGUGCAGGCCAGUCAAGUUCAUCCACACCAGACUCUGUCAUCCAUGUCUGUUAUGGACCUUGCUUUGUGCUCUGGUGUACAGUCAUGUUGGAAGAGGAAGGGGCCAGCUCCAAACUGUUCCCACAAAGUUGGGAGCAUGGAAUUGUCCAAAAUGUCUUGGUAUGCUGAAGCAUUCAGAGUUCCUUUCACUGGAACUAAGGGGCCAAGCCCAGCUCCUGAAAAACAACCCCACACCAUAAUCCCCCCUCCACCAAACUUUACACUUGGCACAAUGCAGUCAGACAAGUACCGUUCUCCUGGCAACCGCCAAACCCAGACUCGUCCAUCAGAUUGCCAGAUGGAGAAGCGCGAUUGGUCACUCCAGAGAACGCGUCUCCACUGCUCUAGAGUCCAGUGGCGGCGUGCUUUACACCACUGCAUCCGACGCUUUGUAUUGCACUUGGUGAUGUAUGGCUUAGAUGCAGCUGCUCGGCCAUGGAAACCCAUUCCAUGAAGCUCUCUGCGCACUGUUCUUGAGCUAAUCUGAAGGCCACAUGAAGUUUGGAGGUCUGUAGCGAUUGACUCUGCAGAAAGUUGUCGACCUCUUCGCACUAUGCGCCUCAGCAUCCGCUGACCCCGCUCCGUCAGUUUACGUGGCCUACCACUUCGUGGGUGAGUUGCUGUUGUUCCCAAACACUUCCACGUUCUUAUAAUACAGCUGACAGUUGACUGUGGAAUAUUUAGGAGCGAGGAAAUUUCACGACUGGAUUUGUUGCACAGGUGGCAUCCUAUCACAGUUCCACGCUGGAAUUCACUGAGCUCCUGAGAGCGACCCAUUCUUUCACAAAUGUUUGUAAAAACAGUCUGCAUGCCUAGGUGCUUGAUUUUAUACACCUGUGGCCAUGGAAGUGAUUGGAACACCUGAUUCUGAUUAUUUGGAUGGGUGAGCGAAUACUUUUGGCAAUAUAAUGUAUCUCAAUAUCAACUGUUCAAAGGACAUUAUUGUGGAUUUCGGCCGCCUUCAGCAUUGUUUUACAAUGUAGAAAGAAAUAAACAUCAGGAAAGACCAUGGGAUUAGAUGAUGUGUCCAAACUUUUGAUUGGUAGUAUAGAUAGAUAGAUAGAUAGAUAGAUAGAUAGAUAGAUAGAUAGAUAGAUAGAUAGAUAGAUAGAUAGAUAGAUAUGAAUAUCCGAUUAUAACAGGAAUGUCGGGGGUAAAGUGCCGAUGCAAAAACAAAGUGUGACCUGUGCAGAGUACUGCAGUUAUGUGUGUGCAACGAACUGCUGAGGUAAAAUGACAUGUGAGGAAAGGAGUGGAAACAUUUACCUGACUGUAACAGAGAGAAGAGUCCAUUGUUGAGAUGACUGAGGUCCAUUAUCUUCCUGGCCUUGGUCCAGGACCUCUUGCUGUAUAUAGUCUCCAGGCUCGGAAGCUCGGUGCAGAUGGUAUGCUCACACCACCCUCUGGAGAGCUUGCAUGUCCUGCUUGGUGCUGUUUCCAAACUAGGCUGUGAUGCUUCCUGUCAGGAUGAUCUCAAUGGUGCAGGUGCAGAAUGUCUUUAGCACCCUUGAGGGCAGUUUAAAGUCCUUUAGGCAUCUGAGAUGGUAAAGACGCUGCCAGGCCUUCUUCAGCAGGGUGUUGACAUGACAGGACCAUGACAGGACCAUGACAGGUCCUGUGUGAUGUGUGAACUGUGUGAACACCUAGCUACAGGAAACUGUCCACUCUCUCCACUGGGGUCCCAUUGAUAGUCAGGGGCUGGUAAUUCCUCUCCUGCUUUGUGCUGAAGUCCACUAUUAGCUCCUUAGUCUUGCUGACAUUCAGGAGGAGAUUCUUGACCUGGCACCAUGUUUCCAGGUUUUCAAUCUCCUCUAGGUAGGCCAUCUCAUCGUUGUUGGAGAUCAGGUCUGCCACCUCAGUAUUGUCCGCAAAGGUAAUGAUGUUGGUGGAGCUGGAAGUGGCCACACAGUUGUAGGUGUACAGUACAGCAGAGGGCUCAGAACACAACCCUGGGGGGCUCCAGUGCUGAGGGUGAGUGAGGGUGAGACAUGUUUGCCCACUCGUACUGCCUUUGUUCUGUCUGUCAGGAAGUUGGAGAUCCAUCUUCACAGGAACGGGCUGAGGCCCAGGAUCUCCAAAUUAGUGGCGAGCAUGGAGGGAUUUAUGGUGUUAAACGCUGAGCUGUAGUCAGGGCUGUGUGAUGGAGGUGUGCAAUUGAUGUCCUCAGUAGAUAGGUUGGGAUGGUACACAAAUUGUAGUGGGUCCAGGGUGUCAGGUAGGGAAGAAGUGAUGAAGUCUCUGAUUAGUUUUUUGAAACAUUUCAUCACUACUGAGGUCAGGGCUACUGGGCAGUAGUCGUUGAGGCAGGCGGGCUAGGGUUUUUUGGGGACAGGAACAAUGGUGGAUUGUUUGAAGUACAUCAGGAUUAUAGACUGUUCCAGGGAGAGGUUGAAUAUUUCGGUGAACACAGGCCUUCAGGACCCGGCCCAUGAUGCCAUCUGGUGCUGCUGUCUUCCUGGUAGUCACUCUCCUGAAUGCCUUUCUCACGUUGUGCUCCGAGAUGAUGAACACGCUUUCCUCUCCGGCAUUGUCCGCAUGCAUGCUGCUUAUCGCACUGUUAGCACUGCUAAGGCUGUUAGAGCUGUGAGCUGCAGCCUCAAAUCGAGCAUAAAAGGUGUUUAGUUCAUUUGCCAGAGAAGCGUCUGCAUUCACCAUUCUGGAAGAUGGUGUUCUAUAGUCCGUUAUUGUCCUUAGUCCCUGCACGUAGCACCGCUUCGCCUCCUUCACCACUCUGUGCACGAUGUAGGCCUUAUCUAUGUUUCCACUGGCGAGCCCUGUGUUGUACGCGGCGGAGUGGGAUCUCAGGGCAUCGCUGACGGAUUUAUCCACCCAUGGCUUCUGAUUGUGAAGCGUUCUGAUGAUAGUUCUGUGAACUGUGUCCCCCGCUACUUUUACAAUAAAACCCACAACCGCUUCUGUAAAUUUGUUGACGUCAUCAGAGCUGUUCCUAAGCAUGUUCUAGUCUGCGUCAUCCAGAGCGUCUUGCCACAGAUUGGUCCGUCCAGUGCAUGACCUCCUGCUGAAUCCUGCUGGGUCUUUCUGCUUUAGCCUUUGUUUAUAUCUAGGCAUGAGGAAGAUAGCAGCAUGGUCCGAUUUCCCAAAUGGUGGACAUGACUGUGCUUUAUAGCUGUCUUUGUACUGUGUGUAGCAGUGGUCCAGUGGUCUUCCACCACUGGUGGGGCAGGUGAUGUGUUGAUGAAAGUUUGGCGCUCUGCGUUUGUGGUUAGGACUGUUGAAGUCCCCCGCCACAAUAAGCGCAGCAUCACGGUGUUGUGUCUGGUGAAGAGUGAGAGCUUCAUGCAGGUCCCAUAAAGCAGCAUCCCUAUCUGCCUGAGGUGGGAUAAAAACACCGCUGACUAUGACCGAACUAAAUUCCAGAGGAAGGUAGAAAGGACGACAUUUGAUGUACAGAAGUUCCAGGUUGGGUCCCGAAUGUCUCUCUGGAACUUUACCCUGGCCCUGAGGUCAUCGAGCUUGUUUUCCAGAGACUGGACAUUGGCUAACAGGAUGCUAGGCAAGGGAGUCCAGUGUGUGUGUGUGCUCUUAGCCUGUUCCUGAUGCCAGCUCAUUUGCCUCUGUGUCGCUGUGUCGGGUCUAGCCAGCACGAGUCUGGUUUUAAAUGCCACGGUAGGUGAGUAGAUUGUAAACCAAUAGAAAUAAGUGUCUGUCAUAUUUAAUAAUGUCCAUUGUGUAGAUAGAUAUGUUCCAAGGUAGUCCAGAGUGCAGAAAAUAAACAAAAGCAAACAAAGCGUGGUAGGAGCAGUCAUGAUGGCAACAGACCUCACCAGCACGAUCUUGAAUUCUAUUAUUAAAUAUAUUAUGCUUAUUGUAAUUAAAAUUAAGUCCACACUAAAUUAAGAAGUGAUUUAAAAACAGUAAAGAGUGUAUAUAAAUGAGUAAAGCACUGUGUAUUAUGUUGUACAGUAAACUCCAGGGAGAGAGAUCAGAAUCACCAGCACCCAGCUGUAUCUCCAUGAAGAGUGAUGAGUCUAUGCUUCAUCCUCUGGAGUUUAAAGUUGGAGACUCCUCACUUCUAGACAGUAUUCUACGGAAGGCAGGAGAAAGAACAGAAAUGAAGAUCACAGAUGGGAACCACCCAGAAUCUGCUGCUGUAAAUGAAGUCCAGAAAAAGUUCAGAUUAAAUCUGAUGAAGAAGUUUCAGUGUUUGAAUGGAGUGAUAAUAAACCUGGGAACCCAAACACUCCUGAAUGAGAUCUACACAGAGCUCUACAUCACAGAGGGAGACAGUGGAGAAGUCAAUAAUGAACAUGAGGUGAGACAGAUGGAGGCAGCGUCCAGGAGAACAACAACAGAGGAAACACCAAUCAAAUGUAAUGACAUCUUUAAGCCUUUAUCUGAACAAGACAAACCCAUCAGAACUGUUCUGACAAAGGGAGUCGCUGGCAUCGGAAAAACAGUCUCUGUGCAGAAGUUCAUUCUGGACUGGGCUGAAGGGAAAGCCAAUCAGGACGUCCACCUCAUAUUUCCACUUCCUUUCAGAGAACUGAAUUUGAUGAAGGACCAGAAACUGAGUCUGAUGGAGCUCCUUCAUGUCUGUUUUAAGGAAACAAAAGAAACAGAAAUGUCCAGUUUGGAAAAGGUUCUGUUCAUUUUUGACGGAUUGGAUGAGUGUCGUUUUCCUCUAGAUUUCCAGAACACAGUGAAAGUGUGUGAUGUAACUGAAUCAGCAUCAGUGCAGGAGCUGCUGAUAAACCUGAUCAAAGGGAAUCUGCUUCCCUCUGCUCUCAUCUGGAUCACCUCCCGACCAGCAGCAGCUGAUCAAAUCCCCUCUGAGUGUGUGCAUCGAGUCACAGAGGUACGAGGGUUCAGUGACCCACAGAAGGAGGAGUACUUCAGGAAGAGAAUCAGUGACCAGAGCCUGGCCAAUAACAUCAUCACACACCUGAAGUCAUUAAGAAGUCUCUACAUCAUGUGCCACAUCCCAGUCUUCUGCUGGAUUUCAGCCACUGUUCUAGAGAGAAUGUUGGGUGAAGCAGAGAGUGGAGAGAUCCCCAAGACUCUGACUCAAAUGUACACACACUUCCUCAUCAUUCAGACAAACAUCAUAAGAGAAAAAUACUCAAAGAAGCAGGAGAGUGAUGAAGAAAUGCUUCUUAAACUGGGACAACUGGCUUUUCAGCAGCUGAAGAAAGGGAACCUGAUCUUCUAUGAGGAAGACCUGAGAGAGUGUGGCAUUGAUGUGAGAGAAGCAGCAGUGUACUCAGGUGUGUGUACACAGAUCUUCAGAGAGGAGUUUGGGCUUCACCAGAGUAAAGUGUACUGCUUUGUUCAUCUGAGCAUUCAGGAGCAUCUCGCAGCUCUGUAUGUGUACCUGACCUUCAUGAAGGAGAAGAGAAAUGUUCUUAUACAGAAUCAAGUCUCUGAAAAGGAUAUUAAAAAUACUCCAAUCUCAGAUGUACACAUAAGGGCUGUGGAUCAGACUUUAGAAUGUCAGACUGGGCAUCUGGAUCUUUUUCUUCGCUUUCUUCUGGGUCUCUCACUGGAGUCCAAUCAGAAACUCUUACAUGCUUUAGGAACACAGACAGGAAGUAGCUCCCAGAGCAUAAAGGAAACAGUUCAGUACAUUAAGAAGAAGAUCAGUGAAGAUCUUCCUACAGAGAAAUCCAUCAAUCUGUUCCACUGUCUGAAUGAACUGGGUGAUAAUUCUCUAGUGGAGGAAAUCCAGCACUACCUGAAAUCUGGAAAACAAAGUGACCUCUCUUCUUCACAGUGGUCUGCUCUGGUGUUUGUGUUACUGACCUCAGCACAGGAGCUGGAAGAAUUUGACCUGAGUAAAUAUUUCAGUACAGAUAAGAUAACAGAAACUGUUGUUCUGAAGAUGAUGCCUGUGAUUGCAGCAUCCAGAAAAGCAAUUAUCAGCUGUGAUUUUCUUGGAGUGAAAAGUUGGUCAGCUGUAGACUCCGCGCUCAGCUCAGAAACCUCCAAUCUGAAAGAACUGCAUCUGACUGUGAAAACACUGAAUUUGUCCCAUAAUAAUCUAGGAGACUCAGGAGUGAAGAGUCUCUCUGCUGGACUGGAGAAUCCUCACUGUAAAGUGGAGACACUGGGGUUGUGUGAGUGUGGUGUCUCAGAUGAAGGCUGUGCUGCUCUGACUUCAGCUCUGAGAUCAAACCCCUCACACCUGAGAGAACUGAAUCUGUCCUGGAAUAAACUAGGAGACUCAGGAGUGAAGAGUCUCUCUGCUGUACUGGAGAAUCCUCACUGUAAACUAGAGAAACUGGGGUUGCGUGAUUGUGGUAUCUCAGAUGAAGACUGUGCUGCUCUGACUUCAGCUCUGAGAUCAAACCCCUCACAUCUGAGAGUACUGGAUCUGUCCAAUAAUAAUCUAGGAGACUCAAUUGUGAAGAUUCUCUCUGCUGUACUGGAGAAUCCUCACUGUAAACUGGAGACACUGUGCUUGUGUAAGUGUGGUAUCUCAGAUGAAGGCUGUGUUGCUCUGACUUCAGCUCUGAGAUCAAACCCCUCACACCUGAGAGACCUCAAUCUGUCUGAUAAUAAUCUAGGAGACUCAGGAGUGAAGAGUCUCUCUGCUGUACUGGAGAAUCCUCACUGUAAACUGGAGAAACUGGGGUUGAGUGGUUGUGGUGUCUCAGAUGAAGGCUGUGCUGCUCUGACUUCAGCUCUGAGAUCAAACCCCUCACACCUGAGAUACCUGGAUCUGUCCUGUAAUAAACUAGGAGACUUGGGAGUGAAGAGUCUCUUUCAUCUUAAGGAUGAUGAACAUUACAAACUACAGACUCUGAUCCUGUAAUGAAUAUCUGUGUGAGAUGAAGACUCCAGUGUUCCUGCAUGUUGGGGAAUUGAGAAGAUGUUUAUAAACACAUCACCCAUUUAGUUAUAACACAUUAAAUGGAUAAAAUUCUAGACAUCAAUGAACCAGAACAAACUGGUGUAUAAUAGUUUCGAUGGUUCGUUUGAUUUCUAAUAUUGUAAUAUGUUUUACUAUUUUAAAUAUUAAAAUAUAAUAAAUAUAAAGAUAAUUCUUUUAAUAAUCUCCUGAAUUACAUUUCACUGUUUAAAAAACACAGCAACCACAACAACUACAGCUUUUACAAAUCAAGAAACUGUUAUUUGCUUUUGGCAACAAUUUGGCCCAAUCUUCUUUACAUCACUUCAGUUCAGUUCUCUGAGCCACAUGACCUGCUUCUUAGUGAGACACAUUCAGUGCCCUUUCAUGGCUAAAACACUUUCACUAGCUGUUUAAUAGCGAUUGAAUAGCGAUGACUGUGCUUGGUGUUCAGAAAUGUAGCUGUUAGAUUACUAUCUCCCCUCUGCUUAUUUCGGAUGAGGCUGGAUUAUAGCGUUUCAGCAAUAGGUUUUCCCCACUCUGGUUAUCAAGCACUUGACAGUUACAGCAAAUGCUCAAAUUCUGCAAAGUUAUAACAUAAUAUUUAACUUUGCACAAGAAUCUGUAUGGUCUAAAUUACACAUUUAAAAAAAAAAACAAUGCAGUUCAAAUACAGAGCAGUAGAUACUUUUAUAUUUAUUUACUUUCAAGAUAUAUAUAUAUAUAUAUAUAUAUAUAUAUAUAUAUAUAUAUAUAUAUAUAUAUAUAUAUAUAUAUAUAUAUAUAUAUAUAUAUAGACACACAAUACCAGUUAAAAGUUUGGACACUCCUUCUAAUCCCAUGGUCUUUCCUGAUGUUUAUUUCUUUCUACAUUGUAAAACAAUGCUGAAGGCGGCCGAAAUCCACAAUAAUGUCCUUUGAACAGUUGAUAUUGAGAUAUGUCUGCUACUGAUGCUCUGUAAAGCCUUCAUAACGCCUCUCAUCUGAGGUGCUGUUAAUUGGUGAUUUCUGAGGCUGGUCACUCUAAAUGAACUUCUCCUCUGCAGCAGAGGUCAGUUUUGGUCUUGCUUUACUGGGAUGGUCUUCAUGUGAGCCAGUUUCAUCAUGGGGCUUGAUGGGUUUUGCAAAUGCACUUGACAAUACUGUUCUUGCAAGAACUAUUCCAGAACACCUGACCUUCAUGUCUUAAAAUAACAACUGACUGUUUUUUGUUGUCAUUACAUAUGGAUUACUGAAGUCCAUGUGUGUUAUUUCAUAGUUUUGAAAUCUCCAGGAUUGUUCUAGAAUGUAGAAAAUGAAUCCCUAAACAAAAAACACUGAAUUAAAAGGUGUGUCCAAACUUUUGACUGGUAGUGUGUAUGUGUGUGUAUAUAUAUGUGUGUAUAUAUAUAUAUAUAUUUGAUUAUAUUCCAAUAUUUUAAUUUUCAUAUGAAUCAUUUGAACUAGAGCAUACUUCUUUCAGAUAUUUACCAUUUUAAUCAUGCUCUUGUCAGCAUUACUUUGUAACAUGGAGCAAAUAAACUGAGGGCAUGAAGACUUUAUUAUUGCCACACAUACAUUACAGCACAGUGGAAUUAUUUUCUUCACAUAUCCCAGCUGAGGAAGUUGGGGUCAGAGCACAGGGGCAGCUAUGAUACACCACUUGAGCUACCACUGCCCCCAAUCCACAGCAAUCCACUGCAUUCCAUAGAAGCAAACUGGUAUGUAAUAAGUGAUCAGAUACAAUCAAAUACAUAAUUUCAUGCAUACAGAUUUUCUUCUCAAAGCAUGUUUAGCUGCUCAAAACACUGUGGUGAAUGAUAUAUUUUAAGUAUUUUGGCACUCUCUAUGCUUGUCAUGAUGUUUUUGUCUAUAACCUUAUCUUAUUACCUUAUCUGACAACAAUAUCCUUUCUUUAAGACCAAGAAAUUAAUGUAAUUGCAUAAAAAAUGUGUCGAGCACAAAAACUCAACCUGUAUAGAUAUCUGCCACCACCUCUGUAGACAUCUUUGAUGUCCAUUGUUUUGCCUUUUGUUACUCAUGGAUAAUGACAAAGACCACAUCUUUCUUUUCAUCAAGAGACUGUCUAUCUCAAUAAACUUUGAAGAACAUUG